AUGGACUGCAAAGCGCGUGAGCAGUUCUUCGGCAAUGUUUGGACACGCAUAAAGGGCGGCUUCGAAUCGAACAAAUGUUCUGCUUUGAUAGAUGCCAUCGACAAUGACAUCUCGAAAAUCAACCGACUCACCGGCAUUGCCUUGGAGGUGGAAUGUUUGCGGCUGGAGAGAGAUCGCCGCAAAAAGGCAAGGAUCUGGGCGAACAUCCGAGAUAGCGCUAACAGUCUCUCGGAGAUGCUUCGUCUGAAGUGGGCAAAUCCUUGCACCUGCCAAUUUUCCCAUAGAGCAAACAUGCUUCUGAAAGCUCAGAUGGACGAAGAGGCGGACAACGACGAUGAAGCGGAGCAGAGUCGAUUUGAGUUGCUGCUCGUCUUUGACAAGGCAACCUCUUUUGUACCAGCGGUGGCGUAUAAAUGGCGAGAUGUGGAGAUCCAGUGUUCAGAGAUUGUACAGGCCACGACCAUACGAUCACCUCGGAAAGGGGUACGAUUCCACAAUGACACACCCACAAAUCCAACAGCAAUCGCCCCGGCCACUUCGCAUAUUAGUAAAUUGUCAGGGCCUGAAAUUGACAACCUGUGCCGGAGUCUGGGCUCACAAACCACUGUCAAUCGCUGUCUGGGAUAUCUCGAAGAUCAUUUGCGAAGACACCAUUUGUUCUUGACCUCUGGAGUCGGCGCACAGAACCAGGUCGUGCCCGACGCUUCAUUGCAUCAUCUCUUGCUCGAAACUGGCAAAGUCACGCUUGGUCCAAGAAUGAAGUGCACGGUGGCUCUCGCACUAGCUGUAGCUGUACUUCGACUUUACGACACCCCUUGGCUUCUUCCGUCGUGGGAUCUGUGUGACAUCUAUUUUCUGCGGGACACAAGAGGCAACUAUCUACUCGACCGGCCAUACGUCUCCUUCCCCAUCGGCACACCCACUGCGAUCAAAGCCCAGAGGGUGUAUCGACGAAGGUUGGUGAAGAACGAAAUUAUCUUCGCUUUGGGCGUGGCUCUGAUCGAACUGUCCUAUGCAAAGCCUCUUCCCGAUCUCACCGAAGCUUCAGACCUAGACAAGAACGGCAAUCGCGACAUCAUUACUGAAUAUGCCACGGCGACCCGAUUAGCAGAACUUAUUCACCAUCAGGAAUUGCCCAACUACGCAAAGGCCACGCAACGAUGUAUCAACUGCAACUUUGAGACAUCGGACUAUGACUUGAACGACCAGGAUUUCCGUGGCCGGUUCUAUGAAGGCGUCGUGAUGCCUCUCCGUGCGGACUGGGAGUAUGCCACUAGGUAA